CGAGAAACUGAAAUCAAUGGUCAGAUAUGUUGCAGACCAAAUCUGGGUGGCGUAAAAAAAUUUAUUAUUCUGAUUCCUAAAGAAACCCUAGCAAAAUUCCCAAUCCAGAAAGCACUGGCAAUUCUGGAAUGAGCAAUUGGACCUCAGAAUUGGAAUAAAUUUGGAGGAAAUACGCUACAUCCACGGCUAAUUUCCAGCCAUGAACAACGUACCGGCAAGGCAAUUAAUAGGCGGCGCUGUGGCGGUGGCGGUGGCUCUUGGAUUCUACCUCGGCGUCGCGAAAAAUGGUGUGCCGUUUGGGUUGGGGUUGGGACUAUCUCUUUUGGGGAGAAUUAGGAGGAAGAAGAAGAUUGUGCGGGUUUAUAUGGAUGGCUGUUUUGAUAUGAUGCAUUACGGACACUGCAACGCUCUCCGUCAAGCACGGGCUCUCGGCGACCAACUGGUGGUUGGGGUUGUAAGCGAUGCGGAGAUCAUUGCUAAUAAAGGCCCGCCGGUGACUCCUCUUCACGAGAGGAUGAUUAUGGUGAGGGCGGUCAAGUGGGUCGACGAGGUAAUUUGUGAUGCGCCGUAUGCAAUCACGGAAGAUUUCAUGAAGAAGCUUUUCAAUGAAUAUAACAUCGACUACAUCAUUCACGGCGACGACCCCUGCGUUCUUCCUGAUGGCACUGAUGCUUAUGAACUUGCUAAGAAGGCCGGUCGUUACAAGCAGAUUAAGCGCACAGAAGGGGUUUCUAGCACCGAUAUUGUUGGUCGGAUGCUUCUCUGUGUAAGAGAGAGAUCAGUUAAUGAUACAAACAAUCAUUCUUCCUUGCAAAGACAAUUUAGCCAUGGGCAUGGCCAGAAAUUGGAAGAUGGUGGGUCUGGAAGCAUAACCCGCAUAUCUCAUUUUCUACCUACCUCUCGCAGAAUUGUUCAAUUUUCCAAUGGGAAGGGGCCUGGACCUGAUUCUCGCAUAGUUUAUAUAGAUGGUGCAUUUGAUCUUUUCCAUGCUGGACAUGUUGAGAUUCUGAGGGUUGCUCGGGGACUUGGAGACUUCCUUCUUGUUGGGUUACACAAUGAUCAGACUAUCAGUGCUAAAAGAGGAGUACAUCGACCAAUCAUGAAUCUUCAUGAAAGAAGCUUAAGUGUUUUGGCUUGUCGCUAUGUAGAUGAGGUGAUAAUUGGUGCUCCAUGGGAAGUGUCAAGAGAUAUGAUCACAACCUUUAAUAUCUCAUUAGUUGUCCAUGGAACGGUUGCUGAAGGUGAUGAUUUUCGCAAGGAAGAAGGAAAUCCAUAUGCUGUUCCAAUUGGUAUGGGAAUCUUCAAAGUUUUAGAAAGUCCUCUGGACAUCACUACUACCACAAUAAUCAGGAGGAUUGUAGCAAACCAUGAAGCAUAUGAGAAACGUAAUGAGAAGAAAUCUGCAAGUGAAAGAAAGUAUUAUGAAGCUAAGACAUUCGUUUCUGGUGAUUGAUUUACCCAUGGCACAUGCUUGGUUAGCCGUUUAGGGUGCCUAUUUUAUAUGUAGUAGGAUGGAAUACUUUAGUACUAACUACACAAAUGAGCCAACAGGAUGGGUGAUUGCAUGUGUUUGUGAUCCAUUUUUCUAGUUCACAUGCAAUUCCUGAGUUAGUCUUGUUAUUUUGCAUAUCUGAUUUCUAUUUCUUAAGAUUAGUUUGCUGGAUUCUGAUCCAGUAUUUUGUAGAAAAGAGGAAAAGAGGUUGAGCUGACAAUGUUAGACUGCCCUUUUUUGCAAUUAUCUGUAACAUCAUAUAUUUUCUAUACCAAUAGAUUCUAUAUCUUCAGUAUUCCGCGUUAUUGUAUCAGUAAAGAAAACAAAUUUUCUGUC